GCUCCCGUACUGCGAUCUGUGCAACACGAUGCAGCUCUUCUGAUCGACAGGCAGUCAGGGGGUAUGAUCAGACCUCAGAGUGAGCUACUGGAGAGACGGUGAGAAACUAUCCCUGGAUAUGCAUACACUUUUGCCCAUUCUCGUCCUCUUGCAUACUCUACAUUCUUCUCCUAGGCCAAAGUAUGGUGGCUCACAAGCGACCUACACCGCUAUCAGCGAUGAUUGGGGCCCUAUCGUUCGCAAUCCUCCUCUUCUGCCUCUUUGAUGCCCGGCCAGUCAAAGCUAUCUGGCCUCACCCAACUUGGCUGAGCGAAGGCGCGAUCUCGCGCAGUCUAGACCCCUCCAAGCUCAAGCUCACCUCCAAUGUGGCUCUGCCUCCAGACGUCCAAGAAGCCUUUGCCAGAACAAUGGACAACAUCGCCCGCCACUCCUUGCCUAGCCAUUUGCACAGACCGAGCUCGACAGGCAAAGGGGAGCAGGUUUUGGAGGUGCACCUCCAGGUCGCUCCUUGGGGACACAAGCAGGAGCAAGGAAUUGGAAAGAGAGGAGCAAAGCAAUCUUAUCUGGGCAAAGGGAACCGGACUGGCCUGUCGAAUAUAGCCGCCGAAUCAAUCCAGAAGCUCGAAGAGUUGGAUGAGAAGUAUCACUUGAUGGUCCCGCAAGAGGGGAGGAUCACCAUUGGAGCUGCGUCGGCUCUUGGAGUCUUCAGGGGUCUCACAACUCUUGAGCAUCUGGUGUACGCUUGGGACGGUCACGCUCUUGCGAUUCCUAAUACGCCCGUGAAGAUCAAGGACGAGCCAGCUUAUCCAUACCGAGGCCUCUUAAUAGACACUGCCCGCAACUACUACCCAAUUGCCGCACUCAAGCAUCAGCUCGAUGCAAUGGCUUUUGUCAAGAUGAAUCAGUUCCAUUGGCACAUCGUAGACAGCCAAUCGUUCCCACUAGAGCUGCCCGAUGAUCUGGCAAAAUUGAGCAAAGCAGGGGCUUACAGUGCCCAUGAAGUGUACUCGGCGGCCGAUGUUGCCGACUUGGUCCAGUAUGCCGCUGAGAGAGGGAUCAAUGUCAACGUAGAAAUCGACAUGCCUGGACAUACCUACGCAGGGGUAAAUGAGUUCGACUCCUCUCUGUUGUCAUGUCCAGACAUAUCGCCAUGGUCUGUGUAUGCCAACGAGCCUCCCUCUGGACAGCUCGAUCUGAGCAACUACAAAGUCCAUGACUACGUCGGCAAGCUUCUCACUGCUAUCUCGAAGAUGUUUCCGAGUCCAUACGUCUCGACGGGUAAUGACGAAGUCAACCUGGCAUGCUACAACGUGGCUAAUAACAGCGACAUCGAUGAGAGCCUUCUCAAACCCUUCGUCAGCAAAGCUCACGCGGUUCUGAAAAGGCACGGCAAGACGGCCAUGGUCUGGGAAGAAGCUGCUCUCAACUUUCCCGAGACUGGGAAAGCCUUGCUGCCUGGCACAAUUGUCGAGGCAUGGACUACGCCUGAUAACGUGGCUGCAAUCUUGACAGCCAAUGAAGGCGUCAAACUCCUGCAUGCGCCAUACACACACUUCUACCUGGACUGUGGGCGCGGGUCAUGGCUGACGAACACUACAGCAGCUGCGUGGUGCGAGUAUGUUCCCUGGGGCAAGAUGUACACUUUUGAUCCCACGGAAGGUACAUCCGAGACAACUGUGCACAGGGUCAUUGGAGGCGAAGCUGCACUCUGGAGCGAACAGAGCGACGCAGCCAACGCGGAUGGUCUAAUUUGGCCAAGAAGUGCAGCUGCUGCAGAGGUCUUUUGGACGGGGCAAUCAAAGUCAGCGUGGAAGAGAGCAAGUGCGGAUAUAGAAGUGUCCGAUGUCGUGCGAGACAAGGAUCAGGCGAAGGAGGGUGACAGGAGUGUCAGGAAUCUCGUCGAGGCUACCCCCCGCCUCGCCGAGCUGCGUGACAGGCUUGUUGCCCGCGGAGUCCGCGCUGAACCUCUGCAGCCCCGCUGGUGCGUCAGCCACCCAGAGUCGUGCAUGUCACCCGCCUGAGCGCCGUCUGGAUGAUAAUCGCGGGGUAGAAGCCACGGCUUAUCCUCGGGAAUCUUGUUGGCUGGGCACCCGUGAGUCUUUCCCAGUGUCUGUGCCCUCGCCGGGGCUGCUAUCUCUAACGGGGAAACCUUGUAGUCUAGUACACCAAGAGGCGUGUGGCUUUGAAGACUGGUAUGGACCCCGUUGCAUAAUGGGCGUGGCUUUGUCGCAGGAUUCUCCGCACCGUCGUGCCCACUUCCGUUCAAUGAUUGCCCGUCGUCGGCGCCACAAUAUAUUUGCCAAUUGCCAGACGCCGAUGCUUCUACCUACCUCUUGCAAGUCUUCUGUUUUGCUCAGCUCCAGGUCC